UUUUAUCCUUGGGACAGCUCAUACUUUCUCCAUUCGACACAAGCAUCCGUACUGCUUAACAAGAAUAUCAUAAGAUGUUUUUCCUGCUGUUUGCUGUCAUCAGUGUGAUGGUUGUCCAGGUCACUGCAGCCCCACCCAAAUGGAUCGACCUGUCGCACCCUUUUGUUGAAAACGAAACCAUCUACUGGCCUGGUCAAAAACCRUUCCAACUAGAACUUGGAUAUCAGGGGAUGAUUACCAAGGACGUGUUUUUUAGAUAUUUCUCAUUYGGCGCYGGYGAGCAUGGAGGWACACAYAUCGAUGCACCCARCCACUUCAUCAAAGAUGGGAUCCCUGUGGACAAGAUCACAAUAAACCAGAUGGUUGGGGACGGAAUUAUUGUAAAUAUCUCUUCAUMUGCCGAAAAGAACCCCAAUGCCGAGCUUGAAAUCAGCGACUUAGAAGACUGGGAGAAGAAACAUGGAAGGAUKCCCGACGAGCCAGUCGUGUUCCUAUACUCGGGUUGGGGGAAGUUUUAUYCUGAUAAAGUCAAGUACUUUGGAACAAAUUUUACAAACAAUGUCACAACGUUCAGGUUUCCAGGUCUUCAUCCAAACGCCGCAAAGUGGUUAAUCAAAAACAGAAAAAUAAAGCUGUUUGGUCUUGAUACACCCUCAUUAGAUAGAGGUCAAAGCCGAGAAGGUUUUCCAACUCACAAUAUAUUACUAGGAGCCGGAGUUCCUGGAAUAGAGAACGUCGCUAAUCUACACCGUCUUCCUCCAAGAGGGUUUGAAGUGUUUGCUGCUCCUAUGAAGAUCAAAGGUGGUAGUGGCGGCCCUUGUAGAGUGUUUGCAAGGAUUGCAGAUAAGACGGAUGUCAAUGCAGCGACGCAUGCUCAUCUGUCGUCUUCUCUUGUUGUUAUGGUAAUGACAAUUGCUUUGUUGUUUGAUAACAUAAACAAGAACCAAUAAAAGGCUUUUAAAGGGGUGCAUUAAUGAUAAAGACGCGCUUACCAAAAACUUAAUAAAGAAUGAUUGAUACGAAACUAGGAUUUGAGUGGACACUCAAUUAAUGCAUUUAUUUUUGUAAAAGCUUACAUUGUGCUGAAAAAUAAAAACCUGAUCAAAUAUGA